CUUGGAUGAAUUUUUAAAUUAAAUUUUAUAAAAUUUGAUGAGAUUAUGAAUGAUUUCGAUAUUGAUUUCUACUCUUUACCUGAAGAUAUCAGAGUUAAAAUAUUCGAGCUAGAAAUUGAAUUAUCUGAAGGUGACAUAACUCAAAAGGGUUUCGAUAAGAAGAAAACUAAGAUCUUGGAGAGCUACGCUGCUCUAGCCACCCAAGCCGCUGAUUAUAAAGGGUUUGAGAAAAAUCAAAAGGCAUCUCCGGAAAAAUUAACCGACCAAAAACCUAUAUUUCGGCCCAACACUGGUUUCAUAAGCUCUACCGACGAAGAUGGCGAAAUAGGAUGCGAAGGUCGGACGGAUCAGGUGACCGCUAUAACUAUGCGGCUGAAACUGUCGGACCACGAUGGUACCUACGAAAGACCAAUAUCUAUCGUCGACCGGGAAAAAUCGCCCCAAAAUGAGCGAAAACUCACCAAAAAUUCGGACAAAGCGCGAAUGAUUAGAUUACCCCACCGUAAAACUCCCAGGAGCUCUAAACAGCUAUUCAAAAAUGCCAAUGGGGUCCACGGUUCCCCGGGUUCGAUGCCCCAAGAAGUUGAUCGCGAAAACGCUACGAGGUCACAUGCUCAAGCUUUCAACAAAAUAACGCGCAACGAGAGCAGAUAUACCUCGGAUACUCGUCAAGAGGCCGUGGACCGAGCCCUCAAAAGUGGGGAAUCGCAAUUGCCUUCCGUCCUCGCUCCCCAUAGAAGAAAAACAUCCCGCCUCUCUUCGAUCAACGCCUUCGCCGCUGAACUCGCCCCAAAUGGGCACUCGUCACCCAACACCAAAACUUCCGACGAUUCCUCCAUCCCGGCCAAGAUUACCGACUCGGAACUCAGCUCUAGUCUCUCCAGAACCAACACCGAGAAUAGCGGAAACAGUUCCCACGCCACGUACGACCUCAAACACUGCUAUUACUACAACGACACGAAAGAAAAGGCGGGAAUGGUUACCAAGCUUGCUAACUCUCGUGACGACACUGCUAACGUUAACUUGCCAAAAUACUAUUUCGAUCACCAAACCGAGGGAGGUGCCCCUAACCCUCCCCCACUCUCGAAAAUCCCCGGGAUAUCGCCGGAAACGUUGAACGAUUUCAGCCGACAUCCCGAGCGAUCCACUAGCAGCGAAAUAGACGGAAGAAGUUACAGCAUAAACAUCAACCAAGAUUCGCUCGUGGGUCCGCCCGAGAAUGGGCACCCCGCCCAUCCUGAAAAUGACACUAGCCACCCGGGGCGCGUUUCAAACAAAAUUCAGCAAUUACUGAAUACUCUCAAAAAGCCUCGGCAGAGACUCUUGGACGAAUUUUUCAAGGACGAAGAUUCGGAACUCGAAGAUUAUCAACGCUCAAGCGAAACCGAUUAUCCGAAAGCCGAAGGAUCCGUCAUAUCACCCACCAUAGGACAACCCCUGACACCACAAAUCGGAAAGCCUAAAUCCUUGGAGGAAGCGCUCAUAAGGUACGGGGCAGCCACGCCAAAAUGCCCGGCGUUUAUGGUUCUAGACCCUAACACUCGAGCCUACAAUACUCUCACCUACGGUAAAUUCUUGAGGAGGGCUCACAAAAUAUCCUAUUGCUUGCUCAACAAAUGGCGCUCUCAGGGCCAAAUUUACCUCAAACCUGGUGACAGGGUAGCCUUGGUUUACCCGAAUACGAACCCCGUGUCCUUCGCUUGCGCUUUUUACGGCUGCCUUCUCUCCGGAUUCGUUCCAGUGCCGGUUGACGUUCCCUUCUCCAAAAGAGACGCUUGCUUUCAGCAAAUCGGAUUUUCCCUUUCGUCUUGUAACGCCUGUUUAGCCCUAACAUCGGACGCGUGUUUGAAAGCGUUGCCCAAAAUAUUCGGCGAGGCCGAGCGCAAGGCGAACCGCGGUCAAUCCACUUCCGCCCCGCCACAAUUUCGGGAAUCCCCUUUGGGAAAUUUGACGCCCGUUCAAAGUCCGGAUCCUAUGUGCCACAACGGAACUUCCGGUGAAGGUAAUAACCACAAAACGACCACAUUUUCCGCCAAAAACGUGAGCGAGGGCGGUCUCGAAAUCAAGGGUUACAAGUCGUGGCCAACCGUAACAUGGUUUUCCGCCGAAAGGAUCCCUUGCAAGCCUCCGAAAGGUUGGCAACCCCCUGGACAUAACGAAAUGUACCAUAACGACAUAGAAAGAAAUGGUCAUAUUGGCGAAGACGACGUAGCCUAUAUCGAACAUUCCACCAGCGUAGAUCGAAGCGUGAAAGGGGUGUGCGUUACCAAAUCAGCCAUGCUGAAUCAUUGCAAGGCGCUCACCAUGGCUUGCAAUUACAAACAAGGUGAAAUUAUGGUGUGCGUUUUGGAUUUCAAAAAAGAUGUCGGGCUCUGGCACGCCAUUUUAACGAGCGUUUACAACGGGAUGCACGUGAUAUUCAUUCCUUAUUCCCUCAUGAAGGUUAACCCCGCCAUCUGGAUGCACAUGAUCACCAAAUUCAAAGCCAGCGCGGCCAUAGUGAAAUCCAGGGACCUGCAUUGGGGUCUGCUCGCUCAUAAGGAUCACAAGGAUAUUAACCUCAGUUCGCUCAACGUAUUAAUCGUGGCCGACGGUAGUAACCCUUGGUCGCUCUCAUCCGCCGACGCCUUUUACCAGGCCUUCAAGAAUAAGGGCCUGCGACACGAAGCCAUAUGUCCCUGUUCCGGUUCUCCGGAAUCGUUAACCCUAUCCGUUAAAAGACCGAUUCCUACCAUCCCGAAUCCCGCUUGCAAUUCCUCCCUCGAUAAUUCGAUCGAUCUUUCGCCGUCUUUGGAAGAGGAACAUGCCGAGAGGAUUCACAACCGAAUAACUCUAUCGAUGUCCCACCUGAGCCACGGGCUGAUCAGGGUAGACCCCCAUAAUAGUCUAACCUCCCUAACGUUGAGGGGUCUGGGCCAACCUUUACCGGGAUCCGUCGUAGUGGUAGUCGAGGUCGAAGGGGACCCCACCCUGUGCAAGUCCGAUCAGAUUGGCGAGAUAUGCGUGGCCUCCGAUUCAACCGCCAGCUCUUAUUGGGGAUUGAAAGGAUUGACCAACUCCAAUUUCAAAGUUCAGCCUUUGGAUAGGAGCGGCCUUUCAAUCAGCGAUAAAAUAUUCGUUCGGACAGGGUUAUUGGGCUUUGUAUCGCCACUCGGGUCCGUUUUCGUCAAUGGUUGUCGCGAGGGCCUCAUGACGGUCAGUAAAAGGAGGCAUAACGUGGACGAUUUGAUAGCGACGGUUCUCGCGGUGCAGCCCAUGAAAUUCAUAUACCGUGGAAGGCUCGCCAUCUUUUCCGUCAAAGUUCUCCGAGACGAACGAAUAGUCAUAAUAGCCGAGCAAAGACCCGAUUGUUCCGAGGAGGAUAGUUUCAAUUGGAUGAGCCGGGUACUUCAAGCCAUUGACAGUAUUCAUCGAGUCGGGGUAUAUUGCCUGGCGUUAACGGCCCCCAACCAAAUUCCUAAAACAUCUUUGGGCGGCAUCUUGAUAAGCGAAGUUAAGAGGAAGUACUUGGAAGGAUGCUUACAUCCGGUCAACAUACUCAUGUGCCCCCAUGCCUGCGUGCUUAAUUUGCCCAAACCUAGGGAGAGACCUCCUGAGGUGUCCCCCGGCUCUCAAUACGUGGGGAAUAUGGUGAAGGGCGAACGGUUCGCUACGGCUCAGGGACUUAAAAAGAGCUCUUAUUUGGAUAAGGACGAGAAUAUUAAAGGUAACAAGUCAAUCACCCAUUCGCUCAAAUGGCGAGCUUCGAAUAGCCCGGAAACGGUUGCCUUUAACCUAUUAUCUUCUAAAGCGGCAUUGUCGACCAGCCUCACCUUUUCGCAACUUCACAAAAAGGCCGAAAAGUUGGCUUGCUUCUUGUCCGAAAAAUCUGGCAUAAUGGUCGGUGAUCACGUGGCAUUGUUGUACAUCCCCGGUUUGGACUUCGUAUCUUCCUUUUAUGGAUGCCUUUAUAUAAAUAUGGUCCCGGUGCCUAUACGCCCAUUUAACGCUGGCAACGUGGCGUCUACUCUAACGACCAUAAGGCUCAUCGUUGAAAUCAGCAAAGCCAAGUUGAUUCUGACAUCAUCCUACCUCCAUAAGCUCAUCAAAUCUAAAGAAGCAAACUCUAUCAUAGACUACAAAUCCUGGCCUCCCAUAGUUGAAACAGACGACUUGCCCAAGAAAAAACAAAAUUGGACUUCGGAAAGUUUCCUGAAUCAGAACUAUAACCGCGUUUCCAAAAAUAAUCCCAAGAUCGAACCAAUCCCUAAUGGGGAUACUGAGGAUAGUAUUGGCAAUCGGAUAUCGAAUAAGACCGAUACGGCUUAUCUAGACUUCAGCGUGAGCACUAACGGGACCCUCAUAGGCGUCAAAAUAAGCCACGUAGCUCUCGUGAACCUCUGCAAAAGUUUGAAAGUCGCUUGCGAGCUAUAUCCUUCCCGCUUGAUUUCUCUGUGCUUGGACCCUUACUCAGGGUUGGGUCUGCACCUUUGGUGUUUCGAUAGCGUCUACUCUGGUCAUCAAACAAUGCUGAUCGCACCUGCCGAAUUGGAUAUGCAUCCUUUCCUAUGGCUGUCGGCUAUUAGUCAAUACAAAAUCCGUGAUACCUUUUGCUCGUAUUCGGUGAUUGACGCGUGCACCAAAUACUUUGCCGACGAGUCCAAUAUGCUAAAGCUGAAAAACAACAACGUCGACUUAUCUUGCCUUCGCAACUGCGUCGUAGUAGCGGAAGAAAGACCUAGAAUGGAAUCGACCCAAUCCUUUUCCAGACUUUUCUCCGUUCUCGGCUUAUCGCCUAGAUGCCUCAGCACCUCGUUCGGUUGCAGGACCAACGUGGCUCUUUGCCUGCAAGGGGCCUCCGAUCCGAGUUCCAGCACGGUUUACGUUGAUAUUAGGUCCUUGAGGAACGAUAGACUCGUUUUAGUCGAAAAGGGAAGUCCUUAUAGCCUGAGUCUCAUAGAAUCCGGGCAGCUCCUGCCAGGGGUAAACGUGGUGGUCGCCAACCCGCAAACGCGCUGCCUUUGCGCGGAUUCGCAUCUCGGAGAAAUUUGGGUCAAAAGUCCUCACGACUCUACCUCUUAUUACGCCAUAUACGGUUUCAAAACUUCCCACCUAACUUCCCGGGAAAUAUCGGAGAAUCUUUCCAAGGCGAAUAACGGUGAUAAAUUCAGGGAUGAUUCGCCGCAGCAAAUGGCGUCUAUCAAACCGCACACGCAAAACGUUACUAUAACAAACGAAGACUUCAACGUCCAUUUAGCGGUGGGGGAUAUCAAAACUAGGUUCGCUAAAACCGGUUACCUGGGUUUUCUUAGACGAACGGAAUUGAGACAAUCUGAUGGGGAAUAUCACGACGCUUUGUUUGUGGUUGGAUCCAUGGAAGAGACCUUGAUCAUCAGGGGAAUGCGAUUUCAUCCUAUCGAUAUUGAACAAACCAUCAUUAAAAGUCACAAGAAAGCUGGACAAUGCGGCAUUUUUACGUGGCCCUCCAACCCGGAUCUUUUAGUAGUCGUGAUAGAAUUACGUCACGCAUUCUCUCCUACUAAUUCCAACACUUCUUCCACCAAUUAUGCGUUAGAUCUUGUUCCAGCUGCCACUACAGCGUUACUCGAAAGGCACAGAUUGGUAACGGGAGUGAUAGCGAUAGUGGACCCGAACGUUAUACCGCUAGACGCUCAAGGUCGCAAAAGAAGACUCCAGCUGAGAGAGGCAUUCCUGGCCGAUAGACUAGAUCCCAUCUACGUGGCUUACAACAUGUGACGACAUCAUGGUGCUUGCCGUCUUUUUAGGCAAAAUCGACCUUAUGUGAAUUUCAGGCAUGCAUUCCACUAUUCGGAAACCGGAAAUCGAUGGCAUUUAAAUAUAACCCGCUUAAACGAAAUGCAUUUCUCUAAGUAUCGCACUUAAAUAUUAUGCAAAUAAAAAAUUAAUGUAUUUUACUUGAAUCUUAUUAUGUCCUUUAAAAAAAAUAUAUGGUUGAUAUCUCCGUGCAAUUACCUUAAUUUCAUUUAUUUAUUUGUGUAAGAAAUAUUAGCGGUUAAUAAAAACAUAGUAAUUUUCCUUUUAUUAAAUAAUAAUUUUUUUUUUAAAAAUUAAGUAAUAUGAAAUCCUUAAAAAUACGCGAAUUUUAAAAUCAUAGCAAUAUUUAUAAUUUUGUAAAUUAUUAACUUUUUGUU